AUGCUUAAAACCCCCAGUCAAAUCAAAGCCUUAAAACUGAAAGCCCUCCUUCCAGGCCUCAUUUUAGACGUCGCAUCAAAGUCCAGGGGACUCGGCUCCUCGGUACUUCUGCAGCUCCGUGACAGGCCAGGUACAUUGGCGGCAUACUCAGCAGAAAGGUUCCCGAUUUCCGCCGCCACCGCAGUCUCAACGGCGGCGGCGACGACGGCAGCGGCGACGGCAGUUGGCUGCCUUGUGGACAGUAAGGAGGUGGCUGUCUCUUCGACAGCACUGCCGCCGCCGUGGCUGCGCCGCGGCGUGGCGGCCUCGUGCACGAUAGGCCGGCCGUGUACGACUGAGCUUGCCGGUAGCUGCAGUGAGUGCAGGUACGGCGGAACGGCUAGCACUGUCGCCAGCGGGGUUGCCCCGCCGCCGCUGCCGCCGCUGCCCCCUUGCUCCGAAACCACUGCUGUUGGCGUCAAGACGCCGUCGGCCCCAAGCACAACGCUGCCGGUUGAGCAACUCACGACGGGCAGUUCAGAGGCCAACUCGCCGAGGCCGUGUGGCAUUGUGCCUUGUGCACCACCGCCAGCGCCCAAAAUAUCUGGCCUGCCGUACACCGUGCUCACUGCCGCCGGAUCGACGGCGGUGGCGGCGUCAAGGGCUGCCGCGUCAGCGGGCAGUAGCAGCGGCCCCUUCAGCGGCGGCAGCCGCGACAGCCUCCUCAGCCGCCACAGUGGACGCGCCGCCGCCCAACACGGCUACUGCCCAAGCACCGGAGCCUCCAACCGCCCAACACUGAGAACCCUGUGCAGCGCCCACGGGAGGCUGCCAUCGGCAACUGUCUCAGCCGCCGCCAUCGCUGUCCGCAACCCAGGCUCGGACUGCUCUGGGGUUGACUUCAGAAGUAGCUGUUGCUGCUGCUGCUGCUGCAAUAGCUCCUGCGGUGGCACUGGCGGCAGUGAUGACGGCGGCGGCGGCGGCUUCAAUGCCUCUUCCGUCUGCUGCGGUAGAGUGGCAACGGUGGGGGCGGCUCCAGUACCUCCGAAGGCUGCUGCAGCUCUAGCUGCUGCUGCUUGUGUUGCUGCCCAUUAUGCUGCUGAUGAUGAUGAGUAUGAGGCAGAGGCAGCGGCGCCGGCGGCGACGGAGGCACGUGCAACCAGUUCGCCCGCUGCCUGA